AUGUUGACCUUGUUCACAUUUUGUGAAGAAUCUGAAGAAUAUGAACCAACUCCUGCUCGUAAUGAACCUGAGGAAUAUGGACAAACCCUUUCCCAUCAUGAAUCUGAAGAUUUUGAAUCAAGCCUCCUCCUCUUGAAUGAAUCUGAAGCUA